AUGCCUUCUCAAAAGAAUCAUCCAGAAGCACCAACCAUUACAUUACCAGCCUCCUUGUUAUUGAAUUCAUCACUCUCUUCUCGUAUUUCAUCGAGCUCUACCAACCAAAAACCAAACACUGCCAACUCCUCUACGAUGAACACCACCAAAUCAACAACAACAACUGUAUCAUCGUUUGGUUCUUCCAAAGUUUUGGCAGGCACUACUAAUACUUCUCCUCAAUUCUUUUCAUCUUCUACUUCAACAACAACAACAACAACAGCAUUGGCUCCAUCACGUAAAAUUCAUCUCGUAACCUUGGAAGAGAAACAACGAGACCAAAAGCAGCAGCAAUUCUCUUCUUCUAUUCUUCCAACCACCACUCGUUCCGAUCUCUCGGAACCAAAAGUACCUUCUUCCUCAAUGAAUGGCAAGAAAAAGAAGAAGAAACAACAACCAAAUUCCGUACAAAAGAAUGAUCUGCAAUUACCUCAAACAACGCCUCCUCCUGUUCCCUCCAUUUCUACUUGCCAUCUCAAUUCCUCAACUCCCCAAAAAAGGAAAACCUCAUCUUCAUCAUCGCCUAAUAUUCAUCCUCAACAACCGCAACAACCCACUCUUUCACCCAUGAUUGAAUUUGAGGAAGAUGGAAUUUUAGAAGAUCGAGCUUCUGUCUUGACCAAUAGUGCUCGUUCCAGAGCUCCCAGCCAUACAUUAACUCUUUCUCCAAGAAGUGCCUCUACUUUGAGUUCGGCAUCUUCCGAUGAUGGAAUGAUGACACGUGGACAUACAAUGAUUCAGAGCUAUGAAGAAGAUGGUCACGACGAUGAAGAUGAAUUGAUGAAUGGAUCGAAUCGAUCAAGUAAGACAUUGAAAAAAACAAAUCAACGUUUGAAGAAACGAGUUCAAAGUUUAACUGCAGAACAUGCUGAGGCUCUUCAAAAAUUGACAUUGUUACAGGAGGAAUUGAAUACAUUGAAGCAGUCGUAUGAAACCGAGUUGAGCAAAACCAAGCACAUGUCACAAGUCAUUAUUGGCGAUUUGAAAACUCGAAAUGACAAUCUGAAAGAAAAACUCAAAAAGCAGAAAGAGGAAUUGGAACAUUUAGAAAAUUCUGUUAUUACUCCAUUGCGAACUUCUUUUGAGAGCAAGAAAUUGGAAUUUGAAAAUGUGAUUGUCACUCUCAAGGAUCAAUUGCAAAAUUUGAGUGCAGCCGAGGAACGAAAAUAUCAGGAAAUACUGACUGAACAGGAAACUGAUUUCACGACAAAGAUGGAAUUGUUAAAGAAGGAACAUGAACAAACCCUUCAGCGACAACAUCAAUUGAAGAUUGAGUUGGAAGCCAUAGUCACAAGAAGAACGGAAGAAAUAAUCUCCCUCAAACUCACCAUCGAGUCCACUCAACAAUUGUUGACUCACACAAGGACCAAUUACGAGACUCAGAUCGAAAAACUCACAACUCAAUUCAAGACAAGAGAGGACGAGUUAUUACAUCUUCUCAAGCUCAAAGAGGAAGAAAAUCAAAGACUGUUACAAGAAAAUGCGCUACUUCGAGACAAGCUCAAAGAGAAACCUCAGUUCUCUCAUGCAAGCAACAAUGAUAAUGACAUGGUUAAGAAGUUUGCAAAUCUCAUUCCAAAACAAUACCCAGGUUCUUCUUUAAAAUCUGUGAGGUCGUCACAACCCUCCACUGCAAUGGCUAGCUCAAUUUUACAAUUUUUACAAGGUAAACGAUGUGUACAGUUGUAA